AUGAGUGAUCGAGGACGUAACGAUGGUGAUGUAAAGAGGAAUAGUGUGAGCGGUGGGAGACCAGGAAGUGGCAGCAAUGCAAGUCCACGUAAUGCCAUUAAGGAGGAGCGGGUAGAGAGGAACGACGAAUACCAAUAUAGUAAUUCGUCGAGCAAUAUGGGAGGUCCAUCUGGUGGACAACCAAAUCGUGGGAUGGGGAUGGGACCAGGUGGCGGUGGUGGUCGAGGACCAAUGAAUAUGAUGUCUUCGAUGAAUGUUCUUUCUGGGCAAGCGUUCAGUGAAACCGAUCUGAUGAGUGAUUUGCCAAAAAAGAAGUUCACUGGUCGAUGCCGUUUAUUUGUUGGUAAUUUGCCAAAUGAUUUGAAAGAGCAGGAGCUGAAGGAACUCUUCGCACCUCAUGGUGAUAUCGCAGAAUGCUAUUUGAGUGGCAAAGGAUUUGCAUUUUUACGACUGGAUACACGAGCUCAUGCAGAAAGUGCUAAAGAAGCUAUUGACGGCAAAAUAAUACAUGGUCGUCCAGUUCGUGUACGAUUUGCAGUCCAUGGUGCAGCGUUGAGAGUAAAGGAACUUUCACCAACUGUAUCGAACGAAAUGCUUUAUCAUGCGUUUUCGGCAUUUGGUGAAGUAGAACGAGCAGUUCAUAUAGUUGAUGAAAAGGGCAAACCAACCGGCGAAGGAAUAGUGGAAUUCGAGCGUAAGCCAUCGGCUAAUGAGGCACUUCAUCAGAUACGAGAAAAAGUGUUCUUAUUGACAGCAAGUCCGAAGCCGUUAGUUGUUGAGAUGUUGGAACCGCGCGAUGAAGACGAUGGCCUCGCUGAACGCAUGAUACAACGCAGUGCAAUGCUUCAAAAGGAACGAGAAGUGGGCCCACGAUUUCCACCGGCAAACAGCUUCGAAUACGUAUUCGGGUUAAAAUGGAAGGAGCUAUAUGAGGUGGAAAGACAGCGUAGAGCUCAAUUGGAAGAAGAGCUCAAGGAAGCUCGUAGACGCUUGGAAGCUGAUAUGGAUCUCGCUUACCAGGAUUAUCAAACUCAGUUGCUCCGUGAAGAUCUCGCACGUCGUCAGCAGGAGCUUGAGCGAUUAGAAGCUGCAAAGCGUGAACGUAUGGCACAGGUAGCGGCACGUCGUGGUGAAAUGCCUACCUUGCUUGGUAAUUUAACUGGUGGACCAUCUGGUCCACAAGGUAUGGCAAAUGGCCCGGGUGGAAUGUCUGGUGGGCCACCACCACGUGAAUUUUUCGUUACUGGUUCCGGUGGAGGAGGCUCGCACUCACAACACAGAGGGCCAUUUAACUCAAGUGGACAAGGUGGACCUGAGGGACCAAGAGGACAAGAAAUGAUGGGUCGAGGUCCACCUGAUAUGCAACGCGGUGGGCCACCACAAAUGGACAAUCCAGGAAGAGGACCGCCCUUCCAGCAAGGUGGACCUGUUAAUCAAGGAGGCGGUCCCGAUCCAACUCUUGUACAAGGCGUCCAGAAACUAUUACAAAUAUUUCGUGCUGAUGCACCUAGACCUGGUGGACCACAGCAGGGAGUGCCACCUUCGUUCGGUGCUCCGGGCGGUCCUGGAGGUUUUCGAGGACCGGGACCGAUGGGGCCUGGGAAUUUUGGAAUGCAAAGUGGACCACCGGGAGGUUUUCAUCGUGGACCACCAAUGGGUGAUUUUCCAGCUGAGAAGCGAAUUCGACGAUAA